AUGAUCUACGAAGCACUUGGCAAAAGAAAGAUGAACGAGUCAAUUGAUUUGAGUUCCACGGUAAAACGAGUACACACGGAUCAACCCACGUUGGCUCAACCACAAACCUAUUUAUCACCUUAUGAUUCCGCCUGCUCCACGCCUUCUGUAGCUUUAUCUUCAGAUAUGGAUCUCGUUCAUAAUGGACCUGUCUACGAUCUACCACCUCGACCAAAGACGCCUCCACUGGGCAUGACACUGGCCCACUACGACCCUUCAUCUGGAGGUUAUACCGCGAGUGUCGUUAAAUCGGCUGAUGAAGUUACCGCCGGUAUCUGCACUGGGAUGACACCGGUGUACAGAGCGCCCAUGGAACGAUGGGGUUCCUGUUUAAUAUAA